UUGGUGGGUGAGAUGUAUCUACCCAGAAAGAAUCAAAAGGGCUCUGCAAAAUGAUUUUCUUACUUGAAAUUCCCUUUAAAACCCUGAAAUAUAUUCGCAUAAAGUAGUAAGGAAUCAAGGAUUGUUGUUCACAUACAAAAAUGAUUGAAAAAGAAGUGGGCAUUCUUGGAAUUCCAAUGAAUAAUACCAGAAGUUUCAUGAGUUAGCCAAAAUACGCGAUCUGUCGGUUGGGGACCUCUUAGGUGUGCUCCUCUGAGUCCCUGCAAAUUUUGCCAGUCUAUCUCUUAUGGUCAUUAAUUGACCACACCUUUUAGAUCUCUCUCUCUCUACUCUCUCUCUCUCUCUCUCAUAUAUUUAUUUAUCCUUCAAGCAUAUUGAAUGAACACCAAUUCAUCUCCCCCUCAGAGUUAUUCCCCAUACAAAGGCAAAAAUGGCCAGCAUGAAACUAAGCAACAUAGUGUUGCUAUUCUUCAUGACCUUUACCCUGGCAGCAUGUGUUAUACAAGUCUUGCAGGGUCUAGAAAUCAAUCAGAACUUCAACGUCCAAGGGUCCUUCAUCCGUUCGGACUACAAAAGGCAUUAUAUUUGAAGGCUGGCAGUGAAAGAAUGAUGAGGAGGAACUCAAGGAGAUUGAUGAUAGGAUCCACAGCACCAACCUGCACUUACAAUGAAUGUAGAGGAUGCAAGUACAGGUGCAGAGCGGAGCAAGUUCCAGUAGAGGGGGAUGACCCAAUCAACAGUCCAUACCACUACAGAUGUGUGUGUCAUAGGUAAAUCUAUCCAGACAUAUAUCUAUAUAUAUUGAAGUUGAGCUUCGUGGGGUGGGGUUUCAUGUUGAUUGUCAAAUUGUCAGUAUCCAAGGAGCUCCUAGUUUUGCUGUCUCUACAUAGGUUGAACACUGUUUUUUUCAGUGCAGCCAUUUCCAUGGGUGUCAAAAUUAGCAGUUGUGGUGCUGUUUUCUGAGUUUUGAAUGCUAAAAAGAAACUGCAUGAAUUUGUUAAUUGUCAUGUAUCAUAUGAUUCUAUUUAGAAAAGAAUUACUUCU